CUGAAAAAAAUGAAACAGAUCUGUUUGCUAGAACUAUGUUUUUUUUUUAGUAUUUUGACUCUAGUACCGUCAUUUAUUUAUCAAAUUUAAAAAAGCUUUUUUAUUAAAAUGAUCAGCAGAGAGCUCUGCAAAGUUCGAUAGAUGAAAUAUUUCCUGAGAUCUAUUUGUUUUUCGUGAUGGACUACCCAUUAACAAUGCUCAAUUAUAUGUCUAAAAAUUUUGGAACUUUUGGUAAUUCUUUAGCACAUAGUCAUUCGAUGAAUUGCUAGUUAUACUACUAAAUCCCGUUUUCGACGAGGUUUCAUUUGACAUAAGAUUUAAUGUUGAUAUAAUUUGUAUUUGGAGCUGUACCUUCUUGAAAAAUAUUAUUUGCUAUCUUGUAGAAUCAAAUCGGGUUCAAUGUAUUAAACAAAAUAAAUAAAAACAUUACAUACAAUUUCGAAGGAAAUUUUCAGCUCGAUACAUUGAGUCUAUGAAGAAUACAGCAAUAUCAAAAGUCUAAUACAAUGUUCACGUUACCUAAAGUUCGCUAAGAGUAUAUGAGACUUUGCAUAUCUAAUGAAAUAUCAGUAGUUAUAGAAAAAGCAAAAUAUAAAUACUCUAGCAGUGGACUUCGCUUUUCUGUAAAGGAUUUUUCUUUUCAUAUGAACUGAUUUAUUCAGAUAAAUAUAAGAAAAAAUUUAAAUAAAUUUAAAACAAACGAACAAAUUUAUUAUAUAUAUAUAUAUAUGAGAGAUAAACUGAUAUUCCUUUUUUUUCCUCUUACAAAAAAUAAUGAUAAUCCAUUGAAUGAGAAAAGUCCUUCUGUUAAGAGAGAAGUAACGCAUGAUAAUAGUAAAGUCCGUUGAGAAAUAGAAAAGUUGGGUAUACUACCAGUAUGGCAUAAAUUUGGUGUUCUUUUACUUAACUAGUAAAGUCCUUCUAUUCACUAGCAAACUUUAGAUAAAGUGGAUAAUUUCGAGAUCUUUGACAGCCCUCAACUUCUCUUUAUCUUUCUGAGACUUAUCAAUCGCAAAUUACAUAUAUCAAGUGUUACAAUGAUAAUUUAUGAGUAUUCUAUUAAGUACGAUCAUAUAAAUAACUUAUGAAGUGAUGACUGAAUGUUAAUCGUAAAAUUUUGUUUUUUUUUUACUUACAUAACCAUUUUCAAGCAUCCUUAUCUGGUUCUCUUCUUUGUUGAAUUAUGCGCAAAGUCGAAAAAUGAGUUGUCUAAAUAUUACAUCAAGGUGAUAUUUUGAUAAGAUAUGAGUUGAGAUGAAUUAUAGACAUCAUAGUGGGUAAGUCAAAAAGUAAUGACGUCCAGUGAGUGAAAUCAUGAAAUUUAGAUUUUUAAUGGUUUCUCGAAAGUUUGACAUAUGAUAAGUUUUAGUCAUGAAUUGAAUUUUAUACUUCAAAUCAAGUUAACAAUGUGUUUGACUAGGAAACCACGUAAAAUAGUCAAUUUUUACAAUCGAACGGAGUAUUGCAAAGAAAAUAGAAAAAAAAAAUCUUUAUCCAGAAUUUUAUGUAGAAAUUAGUUUCAUAAUUCUAAAAAUAGCCUAUAAGUUUCAGUGAGAAGGAUUAAUUUUUUUCUAAGAACAUUUAACAUUCAAAAAUUCUCGAUUUUUGUGACUACUUCUGAAAUCUUAUUGAUUUUCGAAGAUUGACUAUUUAAAAAAAGGAACAUUUAUUUUGACUGAAACUCUUCAGAAAAGUUUUUGGCUCAUGAGACCCACUUAUAGACAAAACAAUCAUGUCAGUAAUCUUUCGUUCAAUUUUUCUGUUAAUAUCCAUUCCAGUUAGGGAGCUGUGGGUCUUUCCAGACCCGGAUUUAAAGUUUUAUUUUUUCCAGGCCCGGGUUCAACCUUUUAUUUUUUGUCAGACCCGAUUACACGUUUUUGUGAAACCAUUGUUCUCCAGAUGAGAUAUAUAGCAACAAGAUAUAACUGUAAGGAUGUCAGAUAUUGAUGGAAAAAAAACCGCAGAUUUGGAUCCGGGCGCACAAAGAUGCGGACCCACAGCUUCCUAAUUCUAGUAGUAAAAAAAUCAUCUUGCAUAUUCACAACAUAGGAAUAUGUAUCAUGUUGGAUGAUUCUCUUAUACAUGCAUUAUAUCAUUGUUUUCUGAUCUCUACUAAUUAUCGAAAAUAUUCUUUCUGUAAAAUCAAAUCAUCGUCUAGUUCACCGUAUUGAUUUUUCUUUUGUUCUUUAAUUAGACAAUAUUUUCGUCAGUGGCGAGAUAAUCUUCAAGAAGAAAAAGAUGAUCGUCAAUUAACACAAUAUGCUAUUGAUCAUUAUAAUCGUUCAUUAAAACGUAAAAUUCUUCUUACUUGGAAUAAUGAUAUGAUUCAACAAGUUUUAAUUGAUAAUGAAAAUGAAAUGAAAUUAAAUAAAUAUCGACAAGAAAAAAAUUAUUUUUAUUCACAAAUUAUUUAUAAUAAAUGGAAACAAAAAUCAAAUGAACAUUUACGUGAUCGAUUUCUUUUACAACGUUCACAAAUAUUUUAUGAAAAAAAUUUAUUAAAAAAAAUUUUUUCUCAAUGGAAAGAACAACAUCAUUUUGAUAUGCGUAUUAAAUUACUCCAACGACAAGCUAUUUGGUUUGAUCGAAUGCGUUUAAUAAGUCGAAUUUAUCUUCAAUGGAAACAAAGAUGGCAAUCUGAACAAAAAUUAAACGAAGAAAAACAUCGUGCCUUACUUUUUUGGGCUUUACAAUUACAAAAAAAGUGUUUUGUAAAAUGGUUAAUUUAUAUAAGUAGUCGUAAAAGAAAAAAACUUCGUUAUCAUGAAGCAACACAUCAACGACAUGAUGAACUUAUACGUAAUAGUUUACGUCAAUUUCUUAUCUAUACAGAUCAUACAAGACAAAGACGGCAAGCUUUAUUUAUUCAUCAACAAGUUUAUUUAUAUCAUGAUCGAAAUGCAUUAGCUUCGAAAUAUGUUUCCAAAUGGCGUAUAUUUGUUAAAGAAUCAAUUGCACGUAAACAAUUAACACAACGUUUAAUACAAAGAAAUACAAAUAUUGUACCAAUAAUAAAUAAUCCACUUGAUCUUGUUAAAUUUGAUAAUAGUCCACCAAAAAUAACGAAUCGACCACGACCACGAAAACCUGCAUUUUUAUCUGAAUCAUUUUCCACUACAGCCAUAGACAAAACAGAAUCUGAAAUACCAACAAUUAACAUUCGAACAUCACCAUCAUCUCCAAAAAUUGAUCAUUCAUUACAUUCACCAUUUAUUAGUAUUAAAAAAUCAACACAUAUUCGACAAGAUUUAUCAUCAUCACCACCGCCACCACCACCACCACCACCACCAAUACUUCUUCCACCAUCUGCAUUUCAAAUAAAUUCAAAUGAAAUAAAAAUGCCAUUAUCAUCUCGACAAAUAAUUGAUAAUAAAAUUCAAAUAUCUCAUCGAUCAUAUUCAACACAACCAUCAACAAAUAUUUUUAUUAAUAAAGAUAAUUUACUUAAUGUUAAACAACGUUUAGAAAUUUAUCUUAAUAAUAAAGCAAAACUUAAACGUCUUCGACAACAAUUAGCAAAUUUAUCUCCAUCACAAAUUGAUAAACAACUUGAACAGGAAUGUCAACAAUUAACUGCAUUUAUUGCUUCAGAAAAAAUUCAUUUGACUAGUAUAUUACAAAAUUUAUAA